CGAAGAUGCUAUCAAGCAGUAUAAAAACAAAAAUCGAGAAAUAAAAGUGAAGUGCUGCCAAUGCGAACCGAUGGGAAUUUUCAAUUUUAAAAAUUCGCAUGAUUACUUAAACGAGAAAAAUGGAUUCUGGCAGCGUUGUUAGUGAACCGAUAUCAGCACAUCAUCGUGCUUUUGCUAAACAAAAAUCCGCAUCUAUGACAAUAUUACAUCCCAGAAGUUGUGCUUCGGCUGCAAAAUACAGCCUACAUCAUGAUAAUCACGAUGACAUAAACUUAAAUACUAGUAUUUCACAAUGUUCUACAACUGGACGACGAAGAAAAAGUUCCGGAUUAGGUGGCACCCUAUCUGCUCGUACAGCACGCAGUGAAACGAAAGAGUUAAGAUCAGCUUUACAGGAUCGUGAGGCGGCAAUACAAAAUUUGAGAAUUCAAUUAUGUUUAGGAAAACUUCCAAGACCAACGGGUCCUCCACUGGAUGAUGCAGAAAAACCUGCCGCAGAAUUGAAAUUACAAAAAUUGAAAACUGAAGCAGAAAAUAAAAAAAUCAAAAUUAAAAAUUUAAAAAUUGCCUUAGAAAAAUUGGACAUAACAGAUAACAUUGAUAUAAGAAUACGGCAAGCUGAACUUGAGUAUGCACUCGGUAGAGAAGAAUUACAAUUGCUUUCUGUUGUAGAAGAGGCCCGAGCAUUGCAAGCACGUUUGGAAAAAUCAAAACCAGAACUGCAAACACUUUAUAAUAUCUUGAAUGCGGGUAUAUCUUUGAGCUUACAUGCGGUAUAUGCAACUUCAGGGCGUUGGGCUGCACAAAUUAAAACAGAACAAACCGGUGUUUUUAUCGAUUGGGCACUUGAAGGUGAUGGUCUUUACAAAGGUGAUCGUAUUCUAGAAGUGAAUGGCAAAUUGGUUGCUUGUCAAACAAAAGAGGAACUUCAAAAACUUGUAGGUAAUUCGGGAAAAUGCCAAAUGGUAGUGCUGCGUAAAAAAACUGCACAAAUACCACAAAAACAGCUUGAUCAAGAAAAGGAAAACAAUAUGCGCUUGCAACAUAGGAUUUCUUAUUUAGAAGAACAAGUUAAGGAAUUACAAACAACAAAAGAUCAAACAUUUCCACAGCAUAUACAAAACGGCAAUAAUAAUACAGGCACGAAUGCACAUAUAACUAGCAUCAGCAUAUCUUCGCCACCAUCUACACCUCCCGAGAAACCGCUUGUCUUUCAGCGUGGCAAUUACAUCACCACACUUGUAGGUGGUAAACCAAUAGAACUAGUUGGUGAUAAUAACAUAGUUUCAAAUACUAAUUCAUUACCAAAACCCAACUCGAACACACAUAUCACUAAAACGCUAAUAAAAGAAAAUACGCACAUAGACUUCAAUAAUAGAACACCAACCCAUGCUUCCAAUAUGCCACCAAAGUCAUUAUCCGCUUCCAAGAUAUCAAUAAACAGCGAUUCUGCUUAUAUGCAGCAUUAUAAGAAAGAAAAAGAUCGACAUCGUGAGCGCUAUGAGAGAUCGACUAGUAAAACGAGUGCCCUGUUACAGCGAGCACAAAUGCAAGCAAAAAGUGUGGAACACCUCAAUCAUUACAAUGGCUUCGAACGUCGUCGUGACAUACCACGUUCUUCUGAUACGCUUGCCUUACGCAAUAGACAACCUUCUGAUAUGCGCAGUGUCAAAUCUCUGGACUUUGAAAGCGAAAACGAAACCAAACCUCUUAAUGAUACACAAGUGCGUACAAUACGCCCUACACCACCAAAGAAACCAUUACGUCUUUCCUUACAACGUGCACAAAGCCUACAGACUGUCGAAUUAAAUGCAAACGGUGAACUCGAUCGCAAACGAUCUCUGAAACGUACACAUAUAACCGAUAAGGCCUCAACGGAAGAAGGCAAUAGUGUUCUGAUUGAAAACUGUACACCUUUACAAACUUCUUCGCUGGGACGGCAAAAACAUAAUAUAUGAAAAUUACUGAAUGUUCUCUUUAAACGUACUGAAGAGACACAUUAUUAGUUGAUACAAUUCUUAAUGGAACCAUUAAAUCGUUAAAGAUUUCGGGAAUUAAAUUAUUUUUUCUAGUUUAGAUAAUUUUUUUAUGAUAAAUGAAACGAAACCUAAAGGCGGGUACGUGCAAAUGCUUAGUACUUAAUUAUACAUAUUUAUUGUGUUUUAGCACUUUGUAUAUAAAACUAUUUUAUAAU